CCAAGAAUGUGGGCGGGUCUUUUGCCGUUCCUGGUGGGCGUGGUUGCGCUCAGGGGCGGAGCUGCCACCCUGACGACGUACCGGAGGAUCCUUCCGACGCUCACGUUCAACGAGAUCGUCCCCGCGACUUUCACGUCCACGCCUGAUGUGCUCUUGCGAGCGGCCUGCCCCCCACCCUAAGCACCUACGACGUGUACGUGGCCGUUAGGGACGACAGGCUCUUCGUGCUUCCCAACUCGGUGCUGUGGGACGAAGCCAAGAGAAUCUGCGACGAACACACCGGUCGCUUGUUCCCGCUCACAGACGCCGUCGCCGGGGCGGCCGUGCUGGCUGAGACGUCACUGAGCACCGUUCACAUCGGGCUCAGGAAGGACUCCUCCGGAAACUGGUUGGACGCGCAAGGGGAGAAGGCGAGCUCCGUCCCGACGUUCGCCGACAGCACCUUCGACUGCGCCUUCUUCGACGUCGCCAGCGCCUUCACGACCCUCGACUGCGCCACCACCUCGGCCUUCCCUCUGUGCCGCCUCAACGACCGCUGAGGACCCGCU